GAGGCGGCGCUGGUGUUUUGAGAAGUCAGAGUUUGCAUGAAAGCACAAAGCGAAGGUUUUUGAGGGCAUCAUAUCAUCAGUAUUGAUCCGGAUAGCGGGUCUGUGUGAAGGGCGCAUCGUUUUUUGAUGACAUUCAUCAGCUUUAUAAGCUGAGUUGAUUAAAGCUCCCCGGGUUAACGGCUGGGACAAUGAGGAAGCUCGCUCUGCUGCUAAUUGUGCUGCUCGGCGUUGCACACUUUGCGUCUGUCUGCAGGUGUGAAGAUGAUGCCACAGAAAACCAAGGAGAGGCAGCUGAUGACGUCAGUGAUGAUGAGGAGGAGGAAGAUGACACGGAGGUGAAAGAAGAGAAUGGAGUCCUGGUUCUGACCAACAGCAACUUCGACACCUUCAUAGAGGGGAAGGACACGGUUCUGGUUGAGUUUUAUGCUCCCUGGUGUGGCCACUGCAAGCAGUUUGCCCCAGAGUAUGAGAAAAUCGCUCAGACUCUGAAGGAGAAUGACCCUCCCAUCCCUGUGGCCAAAGUGGACGCCACACAAGCCAAUGACGUGGCGAGCCGGUUUGACGUGUCGGGAUAUCCCACCAUUAAAAUUCUGAAAAAUGGAGAGCCUGUGGACUACGAUGGAGAGAGAACCGAAAAGGCCAUUGUAGCGCGGGUGCUGGAGGUGUCUCAGCCAGGCUGGAAGCCGCCUCCUGAAGCCACCCUGGUGCUGACGAAGGACAACUUUGAUGAGACGGUGAACGAUGCAGACAUCAUCCUGGUGGAGUUCUAUGCUCCAUGGUGCGGACACUGUAAGCGUCUGGCUCCGGAGUAUGAGAAGGCUGCCAAAGAGCUGAGUCAGCGCUCCCCUCCUAUUCCUCUGGCUAAGGUUGAUGCCACGGUGGCGACGGAGCUCGCCUCACGUUUUGGGGUCACUGGUUACCCCACGCUGAAGAUCUUCAGGAAAGGCAAAGCGUUCGAAUACAACGGACCCAGGGAGAAUUACGGGAUCGUCGACUUCAUGAGUGAGCAGGCGGGACCCCCCUCUAAGCAGGUGCAGGCAGCAAAGCAGGUUCAAGAGCUGAUCAAAGAUGGAGAUGAUGCAGUUAUAGUUGGAAUAUUCUCCAGCGAACAGGAUGCCGCCUAUGAGAUCUACAUCGAAGCUUGUAACGCUCUGAGGGAAGACUUCACCUUCCGUCACUCCUUCAGCUCUGAAGUGGCCAAACUGCUGAAAGCGUCUCCUGGUCAAGUUGUCAUUAUUCAGCCUGAGAAGUUCCACUCAAAGUAUGAGCCGGCUUCUAACAAACUUUCAGUCAAGGAGUCUACAACGGUGUCUGAAGUCCAGGAGUUCUUUAGGAAACAUUCCAUUCCCUUGGUGGGACACAGGAAACCCAGCAACGAUGCCAAGCGCUUCACAAAGCGCCCCCUGGUGGUCGUCUAUUAUGGAGUCGACUUCAGCUUUGACUACAGGAUAGCCACCCAGUUCUGGAGGUCCAAGGUGCUGGAUGUUGCGAAAGAUUUCCCAGAGUACACGUUCGCCAUCGCCGACGAGGAGGAUUACGCCGACGAACUGAAGAGCCUGGGUUUAGGCGACAGCGGAGAAGAGGUGAACGUUGGGAUUUUGGCAGACGGAGGAAAGAAGUUCGCCAUGGAGCCGGAGGAGUUUGACUCAGAGGUGCUGAGAGAAUUUGUGGUUGCUUUUAAGAAAGGAAAGCUCCAACCCAUCAUCAAGUCCCAACCAGUGCCAAAGAACAACAAGGGACCAGUAAAGGUUGUGGUGGGGAAGACGUUUGAUGAAAUCGUCAUGGAUACACAAAAGGAUGUCCUGAUCGAGUUUUACGCUCCUUGGUGCGGCCACUGUAAGAAGCUGGAGCCUGACUACUUGGCACUUGGCAAAAAGUACAAAUCUGAGAAGAACUUGGUGAUCGCCAAGAUGGACGCCACGGCCAACGAUGUGCCACACGACAGCUACAAAGUGGAAGGCUUCCCCACCAUAUACUUUGCUCCCAGUAACAGCAAGCAGAGCCCAGUUAAAUUCCAAGGUGGAGACAGAACAGUAGAAGGGCUGAGUAAGUUUGUGGAGGAGCACGCCACCAAGCUCCAGAGGAGAGACGAACUCUGAGACUUUCUCUCUGUGAGGAGCUAAGAACUCUAAUCGGUGCUCUGGUGGAGGCCAAAGGGAACACAUCCAUUUCUAAAUGGUGUUACUGACUUUCUUUGACACUUUUCAAUCAUCCUUUUUAGUUUCUGUUCAUUCCAAGAGAUUCAGCUCCUGUUUCUGAAAGCAUGUAAGCACUGACGGUUUUUAAAUAAAGCUGAAAAUGAUGGUGGCUGUCGGCACCAACACCCAGA